CAGAUCUGUGGCCCUAACUGGCAAGGAUAAGAAUGGCUCCCAGCAACAGCUUCAUGGCCCAUGUGGAGGAGAAACUGCUGCCAAAAGAGAAGAAUAAACUCAGGAAGCCAGUGGUGGAGAAAAUGCGCCGGGACCGGAUUAACAGCAGCAUCGAGCAGCUGAAACUCCUGCUGGAGAAGGAGUUCCAGAGACACCAGCCCAACUCCAAGCUGGAGAAAGCCGACAUCCUGGAAGUGGCCGUCGGCUACCUGAAACAGCAGAGCCAGCUGCAGGCACAAAUGGUCAGUCAGAAGAGCCCAGAACAGGAUUUUAACACUGGUUACCUGCAGUGCCUGAAGGAAGCUCUGCAUUUCCUCUCCUAUUGUGAGUCUAAGAAGGAAGCUCAGGCCCGGCUGAUCAAGCAUUUCUGCAAAGCUCAGACAAUUCCAGACAACCUGUGCUCACCCCCCAUGCACAGCCCACCUUCAUUGCAGUGUCUGGGACCCAGGAAGCAUCCUUCCCAGAAGAACAUCCCUGUGGCUGUUGCUGCCAUCUGGAGACCAUGGUAGACUGGACAUUUGUGUGUGUGCUGCAAAACCAAAGGGAUCUUUGAUUUAAGGUCCCUCUUUAAAGUAGGAAACUUUGAUUUCCAGAAGGGGGUUUUAUUGUUUGUCAUGAGAAAUGGCCUCGGCAGUAGUUUCCCUUCAUAGUGAAGGAUGGUGUCUGUAUCCUGCAGCAAACAUGCUGCCCUUAUGGGUGGCUCCUAGCUGAAUAGAGGGCCAAGCCCUUUGCCACCUUACAGAGCAAAUCUCCCAUUGGCUUCCAUUAGAGUUUAGCUCAAUAAGGUCCUCUCUCCAAUGCCCUUUGAAGUCAAUGGGAAUCUUCAUGGAUUUCUAUGGGCAUUGAUUCAGGAGCUGCUUUGCCCUAUAUUAGGCAUUGACCUUCAGACAGACGGGGCAUUUGAGGAUGCAAUUUGUAUCACAAACAGAGUCUAGCCUUUACUUUUUGAGUGAAAGAUUUGA